UGAUCCCUGGCCCCUCCACUGAAGCCAGAGACACAAAGAGAAGAGAGAGAAGAAAAAAGCUUCCAAAAAAACCUCCAUUUUCAUCAUUUUGCUUUGCUUUUUUGCUUGCCUUUCUCUUUCUUCUCCUCCUCCUCCUCCUCACUCAAACAGGCACAGCCCUCGCCCACCCUUUUAAGCCCCCAGCAGAGCCUCUGCAUCCGAACAGAGCAAGCCACCACCAGCUAACACAGAGACAUAGAGAGAGAGAGAGAGAGAGGCCACAUUGAGUUUGUCAAUGGAGGAGAGGCCGGAAACGGAGCUGAUAUCCAUUCCCGCCACGCCGCGCGGGGUGUCCACCCCCGAGGCGCUGACGCCGUCCGGGCAGAGGUCCCCCCGCCCCGGCUCGGGGGCCGGGGCGAAGUCGUCGGCUUCGGCGGCGUGGACGCCGGCGUCGCUGAUAUCUCCGAGGUUUCUGAGCCCCAUAGGGACGCCAAUGAAGAGGGUGCUGGUGAACAUGAAGAGCUACCUGGAGGAGGUUGGCCACCUCACGAAGCUGAACCCCCAGGACGCGUGGCUUCCCAUCACCGAGUCCCGCAACGGCAACGCCCACUAUGCCGCCUUCCACAACCUCAACGCCGGCGUCGGGUUUCAGGCCCUCGUCCUCCCCGUCGCCUUCUCCUUCCUCGGAUGGAGUUGGGGAAUACUUUCCUUAAUAAUUGCCUACUGCUGGCAACUUUACACUCUUUGGGUUCUUAUUCAGCUCCAUGAAGCCGUUCCCGGCAAGAGAUACAACAGAUAUGUUGAGCUUGCACAUGCAGCAUUUGGGGAGAGAUUAGGUUCAUGGCUCGCUAUCUUCCCGACCGUCUACUUAUCAGCAGGAACAGCGACGGCUCUAAUCCUCAUAGGAGGGGAGACCAUGAAACUCUUCUUUCAGAUCGUCUGUGGACCCCUGUGUACCUCAAAUCCUCUUACGACUGUGGAGUGGUACCUUGUGUUCACCUCUCUCUGCAUUGUGCUGUCUCAGCUUCCGAACCUCAACUCAAUCGCAGGUCUCUCCCUUGUCGGGGCCGUAACAGCCAUCAUUUACUCCACCAUGGUGUGGGUCCUCUCCGUGAGCCAAACAAGGCCCCCUACUAUCUCCUAUGAGCCACUUUCUCUGCCUUCCUUUUCUGCUUCGGUCUUCUCCGUCUUGAAUGCCCUUGGGAUCAUAGCUUUUGCUUUUAGAGGACACAAUUUAGCCUUGGAGAUACAGGCAACGAUGCCCUCGACGUUUAAGCACCCUGCUCAUGUUCCAAUGUGGAAAGGAGCCAAAGUUGCCUAUUUCUUCAUCGCUAUGUGCUUGUUUCCAGUUGCAAUCGGAGGUUAUUGGGCCUACGGCAACCUUAUGCCAUCAGGGGGAAUUCUCAAUGCCCUGUACGGCUUCCACAGCCACGACAUUGCCCGGGGCCUCCUUGCAAUGACCUUCCUCCUCGUUGUCUUCAACUGCCUGAGUAGCUUCCAGAUAUACUCCAUGCCCGUCUUUGACAGCUUUGAAGCAAGCUACACGGCACGGACGAAUCGGCCCUGCUCCAUCUGGGUGAGGUCGGGCUUCCGGGUCUUCUAUGGGUUUGUCAACUUCUUCAUCGGGGUUGCUCUCCCGUUCCUCUCCAGCCUUGCGGGCCUGCUGGGCGGGCUGACCCUUCCCGUCACCUUCGCGUACCCAUGCUUCAUGUGGGUCCUCAUUAAGAAGCCCAUGAAAUACAGCUUCAAUUGGUACUUCAACUGGAUUUUGGGGUGGUUGGGGAUCGCUUUCAGCUUGGCUUUCUCCAUUGGAGGCAUUUGGAGCAUCGUCAAUAGCGGGCUUAAGUUGAAAUUCUUUAAGCCCAACUGAGAAGAAUCAGCCAUGGAAGAAAAACCCUUCGGUUCCCGAAGAUGUUUGUGCUUUCCAGGUGUGAGUUUGUAUGUUUGAAAAUGAAGUAUUUCGUGUACUUGUCCUGUAAAAUUACAAAUUCGGAAGAUAGAGAUAUGGCGACACUAUUGUUGUGUUAAUGGAUUUGAGAAGCUCUGCUGUAGAGCAAACCAUCUGAUCUGAGUGAUCUUGUAAGAAGCAAUGGAGAUUAAUA